AGCGCUCCAUUAUUGCUGCGCACUCCUUGGCGUCAACGUGGUGGCCUUGGUGUCGCCAAGGUUUUGUUUCCGGGUAGACUCUGUGAAAGAUGGAGCGAGCGCGCCCCCCAGAGGUCAGCCCUUCCCAGUACUACCCUACAGUUACAGUGAUGGAUAGCCAAAAUGCACACAUAAUCAUGGCGGAGAAUGAAACCCUGGAGUGUAUAACGGAGCACGAGCGAAUUCUCCAAGAAAUUGAGAGUACGGAUACGGCUUGCGUUGGUCCCACGCUUCGAUCAAUCUACGAUGACCAGCCAAAGGCCCACAUGCGCUUCAUGGAAAAGCUGGAUGCCAGGAUAAGGAAUCAUGACCGUGAGAUUGAGAAGAUGUGCAACUUCCACCAUCAAGGUUUUGUGGAUGCUAUCACAGAGCUUCUCAAAGUCCGCACUGAUGCAGAGAAACUUAUGGGCCAAGUGACAGAUACUAAUCGAAGACUACAAGAAGCUGGGAGGGAGGUUUCAGCUCAAACAGAGGAGGUGAUACGCUGUCGCAUCCAGCAGAGGAACAUGGCCACAACUGUGGAGAAACUCCACCUCUGCAUACCAGUCCUGCAAAUGUACAGCAAACUAAAGGAGCAACUGAAGUCCAAAAGAUACUAUGCUGCACUUAAAACCAUGGAACAACUGGAGAAGACCUACAUCCCUCGAGUAAACCAAUAUAGAUUCUGUCAGAUCAUGGCUGAAAACUUGCCCAGACUGCGGGAGGAGAUAAAGGAAAUCUCCAUGUCUGACCUAAAGGACUUCCUGGAGAGCAUAAGAAAACACUCAGAUAAAGUUGGAGAGACUGCCAUGAGACAGGCCCAACAACACAGAACCUUUAACAGUGCAGUAGCAAAGCAGGCCAGUCUGGGCCACUACACUAAGCCAUUGUACUCCCUCAAUUGGCAACAACACACGCACAACAGUCUCAUGAUGGACGAUGACGCAGAAGAUGAUGACGAUGCUGAUGAGGAGAUUCUUACAGCUCAGGAUCUUGUGGACUUCUCACCUGUUUACAGGUGUUUACACAUUUAUGCCGUGCUGGGAGACCGUGAAACGUUUGAGAAUUACUACAGGAAACAGAGGAAAAAGCAGGCCCGGCUAGUCCUGCAACCACAGGCUAACAUGCAUGAAACAGUGGAGGGUUACAGAAGAUACUUCAAUCAGAUCGUAGGAUUUUUUGUUGUUGAGGACCAUAUCCUCCAUGCCACUCAAGGACUCGUGACCAGAGUUUUCACAGAUGAAUUGUGGAAUAUGGCCUUGUCCAAGAUCAUCGCUGUGCUUCGCACACACUCUUCAUACUGUGAGGAUCCGGACCUGGUCCUGGAGCUGAAGAACCUUAUUGUCAUCUUUGCAGACACACUACAGGGUUUUGGUUUCACUGUGAAUCGACUGUUUGACCUGUUGUUUGAAGUACGAGACCAAUACAAUGAAACUCUAUUGAAGAAAUGGGCACUGGUAUUCAGGGAGAUCUUCGAAUUGGACAACUAUAGUCCGAUACCGGUGGAAACAGAGGACGAGUAUAAACUGGUAGUCAGUCGCUUCCCGUUUCACGACUCAGAGAUAGAGAAGCAGGAUUUUCCUAAGAAGCUGCCAAUGUCCCAGUCUGUGCCACAGAUAUAUAUGCAAGUAAAAGAGUUCAUUUAUGCCAGCCUCAAGUUCUCUGAAUCACUUCACCGCAGUUCAACAGAGAUUGAUGAUAUGUUGCGGAAAUCAACUAACCUACUGCUGACAAGAACUCUCAGCAGUUGUCUGCAAAACCUCAUCAAAAAGCCACAUAUAGGGCUGACUGAGUUGGUGCAGAUCAUCAUCAACACCACACACCUAGAGCAGGCCUGCAGGUAUCUUGAGGAGUUUAUAACAAACAUCACCAAUGUGUCCCCUGAAACAGUGCACACUGCAAGACUAUAUGGCUUGUCUACAUUUAAGGAUGCCCGUCAUGCUGCAGAAGGAGAAAUCUACACCAAAUUGAACCAGAAAAUUGAUGAGUUUAUCCAGCUAGCUGACUAUGAGUGGAGCAUGGCUGAGUCUGAUGGUCGGGCCUCAGGUUAUCUCAUGGACCUGAUAAAUUUCCUACGAUCCACAUUUCAAGUCUUCACACACCUUCCGAAUAACAACAAUGACCAUGCGUCGAUGUCGGGUAAAGUGGCCCAGACAGCUUGUAUGUCAGCCUGCAAGCAUCUGUCCACAUCUUUGAUGCAGAUGUUGCUGGACACAGAACUGAAACAGAUCAGCAUGGGUGCCAUUCAGCAAUUCAAUUUAGAUGUCAUUCAGUGUGAAUUGUUUGCCAGUUCAGAGCCUGUUCCAGGUUUCCAAGGAGACACACUGCAGCUGGCUUUUAUCGACUUAAGACAGCUCCUGGACCUGUUCAUGGUGUGGGACUGGUCAACCUACCUCGCAGACUAUGGUCAGCCAACCUCCAAGUACCUUAGAGUAAACCCAUCCACAGCCCUGACUUUACUUGAGAAGAUGAAGGAUACCAGUAAGAAGAACAAUAUCUUUUCUCAAUUCAGGAAGAACGACAGAGACAAGCAAAAGCUUAUCGAGACUGUGGUCAAACAGCUAAGGAGCUUGGUCAAUGGCAUGUCUUCGUAAGGUCAUGCAUACAUUUAUGUCACUCACUCAAUCAUAGUUCCACACACACUGAAACUGCCCAGACUCAGUCAGGCCAGCACUUGCAACCUAUACAGUAAAUUAAAUCAUCCACUCCAAGAAAUAUAAAAACACAUAGUUCAAACGCAGCGAGCCUGAUUUGCUUAUGAUUUGCCUGUGCUUAAAGGGGCACUGACUUGAUCGCUUCAAACUUGAUUUUGAGUUUGGGGUGCUCUUCUAAAUAUUCCAUGGUGAAACCGUCGGAGCUACAUAAAGUUCAAAACUUCUCCCCAACUUUUACACAUAUUGGCAACAGAGAGCUCAAUGUCAGAACAAGUGACCAUGCAAUUUAGCACCCGCUAUUUGGGAUCUAAGUACGGCUCAUUAGACUCAAGCAACUUGACACACACAAGGUGAUUAGUACAAGAUGUACAAGGUCAGCAGUGACCAGAGUCCCAAUACUGUAUCUCCAAAAAACAAUAAUUUUAAUUCCUACAAUAAUAAUAAUAAUAAAGUUUGGGUUUUUUUUUUUCUUCAAGUGUGCAAUCUUUAUACAAGCAAAAAAAUUACUGUGACAAUGAUUUUAAUGACGGGAAAAGACCAAAAAUGAAUGGGAGAUGUUCUUAUGUGCAUUUCAAUUUGAACUUCGAAAUCCAUGGGGAACCACCUUUCAAGCUUUAUUUUGAAGACAAAGUUAUGUUGCAUUUUCUUCUGAUGCCAUUUUGUCACAAAAUAUAAAAUGUUGACUCUUUAAAAUACAUCCAUCAAAUGUACAGUCUUUGUCUGGACAGAUUUCUACAGGGGAUGAAAAGAAUGUUUGGUCUUUCAUGUCUAUAAUGUACAGAAAAAUGGCCACAUGUUCUUAAAAAAAGAUCCUAUCCUAAAAAAAGAACUAUCCCUUUCUUAAAUGUUCAUUACUUUUCCUGUUUAUUGUUUUAAGUUCAGCCCAAUAUUUUAAUGUUUGUUGAUUGUAAAAUGGAUCUUUACCAACAUGCUAACCUCCUCUUGUAAGGUUGUUUAAAUGAAUGGCUGAUGCAUUAAAGGGAAUGGCUUAAUGUA